AUGUCUAAAGGAGACUUAGUCACUGUUUCUCUUGCCGCCUUGAAGAGCCAAGUGUGCACUCAUGAACACAUAGACGCACGAAUACAGACUUGGACCAGUACUGUUACGAAAAAAGAUACCCGUGUUCAUGUUUCUCAUGGUCAAAACGACCUAAUUAAUCUCUCUUCGGACAAAUACACCCUGGCUCUUAUGCUGAUUGCUGCCAUGGUGGCUUGCGUCGUGGCAAGUCGGUAUGGAGGUUAUGGAGGCGGCUAUGGAGGAAGUUAUGGUGGCUACGGAGGUGGUUAUGGAGGCGGUUAUUAUGGCGUCUAUGGAAGGGGUUAUGGUGGCUUAGGGAGAGGGUAUGGAGGAGGCUAUGGUGGUUACGGAGGAGGGUAUGGUGGAUAUGGAGGAGGCUAUGGUGGCUAUGGAUACGGAAAGUAA